AUGAAUUAUAUCGAAAGAAACAAGAUUGAGACAAUUUAUAAGGACGAUUACACAGAUUUCACAAGACUAAGCGAUUUUGAAGUUUUUACAAAAGAUAUUUUAGUGAGUUUAAAAAAAUUAAAUAUUAUAGAAACCAAAAGGAAGUAUGAAGAUAAAUAUGCUUUUAUAAAUGAUGAGAAUAGAACAAAUCCUUUAGCUCCACUAUCAUUAAUUAUAGCAGUUGAGGACACAUGUAACUUUUUGAAAAAAAUUAUAAAAAAAGAGUAUGUUAUAAAAUUAAAUUAUAUUUAUUAUCCUCAUAAUAAAUGUCAGCAUAUUAUACCUAUUAACAAUAAUAGUUCCUAUAAUAUUUAUAAUAAAAAUAUUACAAUUGUAAACUCCUUUUAUUGUUUGCAUGGAAAUUUAAAUUGCUCUGAGAUUACUUUAUUCCCAGCUCGGACUUUUCCCAUACAGAGAUUUUUUUUUGUCAACGAAUAUGUCGAGCUAGAGAUCGUAGACAAGAGCAACACAGAUGAUGAAAAAAGUAUCAGUAUGGAUAAUUUUUCAAUAAGUAAUUUAAUACUGAAUAGUUUAAAACUAAGUCUUAGUGAAUUAGGUAUAUCCUUACCUACAUUUGUCGUAAUAGAUAAGAACAGUCAUAUAUAUCAAGGGCAUUUCUAUACUAGUGACUAUACGUACUAUAAGUGUGUGAAUCCACAUGUAACCAUUCAUAAAAGGUGGUAUCCUCUUGAGGAUACCAAGGAGCACUACGAGGAAAGGGGUAAGGAUGAGAAUAAAAUAACAAGUAAAACUAUAAGCGAAAAUGAAAGUAAAAUUAUAAGCGAAAAUGAAAGUAAAACUACAAGUAAGAGUGAAAGUAAAACUACAAUAAAAAUCGAAAGUAAAAGCGCAAGCAAAAGCUGUAGAGAUAUUUUUAGGAAUUCACAUAACGUAUGCAGAAGUGCAAAAGGGGAAAAUUACGUUUCUGUAUAUAAAGGCACAGGAUUUGAAGCAAAUUAUCAUUCUUUUAAAUUUUAUAAUUAUUUUAAAAGUUUUACAUUUGACCAAUUAGUGGCACUGUUUAGCUUAUUUAUUUACUUAUCAAAUCUAAAAGGAAAAAAUAUAUAUAAUAUAAAUGUACAUAUAAAAAAUAUUUAUUUAAUUGAUAAACCGCAAAAUUUUAGUAUAUCUAGACCUAUAGAUUUAAAAAAUAAGAAAUACAAUUUAUUAAAAAGAAUAUAUAGACAAAAUGGAAGACAAAAAAAGGGGUAUAAAAGUAAAGUGUAUCUCUUUAAAAAUAAAUAUGAACUGAAUAGCUAUAACAAAAAUAAUUAUGCACACAUAUAUUUAAACAAUAUUUAUAAUCACAUUAAAAAGAAGAGGUACUAUGGAAGAAGGGUUUUCCUCUGCUAUUUGAGCAAACCGUUGAAUGGGCACGCGUGUAAGGGCAGUGGCAUUGUCAAAACUGAAAAUGUGGAUGAUCAUAAUGAUUACAGAAUGGAUAGUCGUAAUGCUGAAAUUACUGGUGGAUGUAUUGACAACAUUACCGAUGGACGUAUGGACAACAUUACCGAUGGACGUAUGGACAGCAUUGCCGAUGGACGUAUGGACAGCAUUGCCGAUGGACGUAUGGACAGCAUUGCCGAUGGACGUAUGGACAGCAUUGCCGAUGGACGUAUGGACAGCAUUGUUGAUGGAUGUAUGGACAGCAUUGUUGAUGGAUGUAUGGAUAGAAUUACAGAUAUCCACAGUGAUGAGGGUAAUUAUAAUUAUCUGGACGCCAUUUUAAAAAGAAAUAAAGAGAACAUAGCCAUACGCAUAUACCUUUAUAAUAUUAAAAAUCCCCUUUUCAGUAAACCAAAUUAUGUAAUAAGUAAUUUUAAAAAAAUAAAACUAACAAGUGUAUUAUCAGAUUAUGGAACGGAUGAUAUCGAUGAUAAUGAUGAAGACCCACAUCAUUUUUCUGACACGUCCAUGUUAUUUUAUUCAUGUUCAUCUACAUAUAAUUAUGUAUUAAAUAAUGAAAAAGGAGUAAUGAAAAAAAAAACAACUUUUGAAGAAAUCAAUAGGUUAUAUAACAAUUUAAGAUGCCAUAAAAAUAUGCCCAAGCAGGACAGUAAUCUUUACCUAUCCAUUUAUAUCCUAAAUUUCAUAAAUAACAUGCAGCAUAAAAUUAUUGGUAGUAGCAGUAAUGGGGGUAAGACUACCGGCAGAAGUAGUGAUAAAAAUGGAGGUAAAUGCUGCAGUAAGAGGAACAGAAAAAACAAAAUAAUCAACAUGUGGAAAAUAAGGUUUAUCAACAAUGACAAGUAUAAAGGGAAGAACAGUUAUUUGCUAAAGAAUAUCUUGCGGUUGUAUUAUAAUGAAUUACUGGAUCUAAAGAAAAAAAGAAGCGAAAACACCAAGUCGUAUAGUAACGGUAUUCUAUCCAUGCAAAAUUAUUUUAUUCAAUGUUUACCCUUGAAAAAUAAGGAGUGGUUGAGAGAUAGGGACCUAGCCGCCUUCAGCGGCUUCAACAUUGAAGAAGAAUCAACUAGAUAUUACAUCGACAAAAUUUUAAAUAACAUGUUUAGCACGAACAAAAAAAGGAUAUAUAAUUGGGAGAACAGAAAUGUUAGAAGAGGGUAUUAUGGGAAUAGUACCAUUUGUAGUGCUUGUGCUAUGGGUAUGAAUAAACUUAUUUCCUCAAAUUAUAACGUGAGUGCUUUCAGUAGUUCUUUUGUAAAAAGAGAAAAUUAUGAGUCCUUUUACACAAAUGAAAUACUAGCGCAUAAUAAUAGUUCCAGAAUUACACUCAAAGGGGCGUGUGAUACGGUAAAUACUAGCAGUACCGUAGUUAACAAUGAUGGUAGUUGUAUAAACAGUGGAGUUCCCUUAAACAAUGGGAGUCACCUAAACAAUGGGAGUCGCCUAAACAAUGGGAGUCACCUAAACAAUGGGAGUCGCCUAAACAAUGGGAGUCACCUAAACAGUGGGAGUCACCUAAACAAUGGGAGUCGCCUAAACAAUGGGAGUCACCUAAACAAUGGGAGUCGCCUAAACAAUGGGUGUCGCCUAAACAGUAGUAACAUCUACAGCAACGGAAACAGAGAUGAUGAUAACAUGUACGACAAGUCCAAGGGGGAUUAUGACAGAUUGUUCAAAAUGGAUAAUGCACAUGUGUAUCUGUUUUUAGGAAAAAACGAUAAUUUUAUAAAAAAAAGAGAUUCCAUCUUUAGAAAACAAAAACAAAAAAAGCGAAAAAAUGGAAAAGGCAGAAAAGGUGAAAUAGAUGGGAAAGAUUACUUGAACUUUAAAAAGAAAAAUUUUAAAGAGAAAAAAGAAGAAAAGGAAGAAAAAGAUAAAGUAGAAGAUAAAGAGAAAGAAAAGGAGGAAGAAAAUGUACAGCAAAUUAUAAAAGAUUUUUUAACAAUUAAGGAAAAAUAUUUCCUGUGCCAUCAAGAAGAAAAAAUAUCCAUUUUAUUUUUCUAUUUAAUUAGUCAUUCAAGUAAUAUAAAAACUUUUUAUUAUAUUUGGAAUCAGUUCUUUGACAACAUAAGAAAUAAAUAUGAAAAUAAUGAAUACAUUUUUAAUGAUUAUUUAUUUUUAUCAUAUGGUCCUCGAAAUAUUUAUUCUUAUUCAUGUUCAAUCCUCUCUCAGUAUAUUAAAGCAUUAAAUAUAUCAACACAACAAUUUAAAAUUAACGAAAUAAAAAAUCAUUUAAAACAAAAGAAAACAUUAAGUUUUUUUUGUAAUGAUAGUGAUAACUCUUUGUUGAAUUAUAAUCUUAACUUUGAUGAUGAUCCAAAUAUGAAUGAGAAUAAUGAUGCUUCUACAGCAGUUGUUACACAAAAUAAGAGUAAUACAUCAUCAACUAUUGCUAAAAAAAAUAUAUCUAAAGAGACCGUCUUUCCUUCCUUCGAUCUGAAUGAUGCUACAACUGCAAGUAAUAAAAAAAGUAUAGGUAAUAAAACGGAGAGUAGCCCCAAUUUUGAGUUAGCCUAUAUUAAAGGCAGUGAAGAAUGUAUACCCAAGAGUAGUGGUCAGUAUGCCAAGGUGGAAAAGGACUCUACUAGCAACAGUGUAAUCAGUAACAUUGUAAAUAGUGGAAAUAUUACUAAAGGAGGUACUGGUGGUGGCAUUGUAUCCCUGAGCAAUCCCAUACUUCAUAGAGGUCAAAACGUAAGUAAUAGAGACAAAAACAUUAGUAAAGUAAGCAGUAUAGAGCACAUUAAAAAGUGUAAAGAAGACGCGAACAAUUGUGGUGGUAUGCCUUUCCCAAUUGAAAAGGUAAGGAAUGAUGUAAGUGUGGGAAAAAAAAAAAAAAAAAAAAAAUUGAUUAUAUCGAAUUUUUUCCCAUAUCCUUUAAACAAUAUGGAAUUAUUUAUAACUAAAAAUAAUGGAAGUACGAAAGAAGUUAAUGAUCAAGACGAUAUGAUUACAUUAAUUCAUGAAAUAUUAAAAUAUAAUAAUAAAAAAAAAAAUUAUAAUUUUAAUGAUUUUAUUAAAUGGUACAGAAUGAAUAUUGGAAAAAUAUAUACUUCACAAAAUGUGUUAAAAUAUUGUUAUAAAUGUAUAAAAUAUAGUUAUUUUGUUAAUAUAGAUAUAAAUUAUAUAAAAGAUAAAUAUAAAGAAAUAAAAAAUAAAUAUUAUACGAAUGAAGAUUAUUUAAAAAAUAUGUUUGACUAUGUAAAAAAGAAUUAUGAUUAUAUCAAAAAAAUUAAGUGUCCAUUUAAUACUUUUUUUGUCGGUGAAUUAAACUUAGACAAUUUAUUAAAUUUAAGUAUUUUAGAUUUGUUGGAAUGUGCAUUUAAAGUAUUUUUUAUUUCUUAUAUUAAUUCUGUUAUGAGCUCAAAACUUAUUUACUUAAAGAAAAUGCAAAAUGUACUCUCAAAAAUGUUUAAUAUUAUAAAAAAUAUUCAUAAGAAAAAAAAAAAAGAAAGGAAAAAAAAAAAAGAAAAUCUAUUUUUGAAAUCGCUAAUAGACAAAAGUAAAGCUGAGGAGCAGUUAACAAAUAGGGACAAAAACUUUCAUCAUCAUGAUCAGCAUGAUUAUCAUCGCGCAACCUUUCUACGAAUGAACAUCAUGACAUAUAAAGAUUCGUCUGGUUCGAAAUGUACCAAGGAAGACAGAAUAUCGGGUGCACCUAAUGAAAACGAAGAAGAAUCCACGGUGAUACAAAAAAAAGUAAAUAAUGAGGGAGGUGGUUUUUGCACCGUUAAGGUUAACGUGGAAAGGGAGACAGACGGAAGAAAUGAUGGAUAUAAUAAUGGAAAUAUUAACGGAAAUAAUAAUAUAAUUGGUAACUACAUUAAAACGGAGGAACAAGUACAAAAAAUACGGGAUAACGCAAACGACUCAGAAAAGAAUAGCAGUGAUAAUAAUGUAGAUACAAACUACAAGGAGCAAAAUUUAAAUUAUAAAAAUGGUUUUAAUAUUAACAAAGAAGAAAACUAUUUUAAGAAUUAUUGUAUUUGCCCUGAAAAAAAGAAAAGAAAUAUGCCUCCUUAUAGUGAUACGAAUUUUUCGAGGGAAAUUCGAAGGACAUACAAAAAGAGAUACAAAAUAAUUUUUAAUAAAAAGCUAUUUCAUUUGUUUGAGAAAUGUGAAGAAUUAUUUAAUAAAGGCAUGUGGCUGUUUCAAAUUUUUAAUAGCAAUUUAAAUGAAAAAAGAAUUUUUAAAAUAAUAAAUACAAUACUGGAAUCAGAAGAAAAAGAAAUUCUUAUUAAGCCAAAAUAUGAAAAAUAUUUUUAUAAUUUUAUAAAAAAUAUGUGUUUAAAUGAAAAUAAUAAAAAUAAUAUAUUCGAUAAAAAAUUAAAUAACAGUAACUCAAAAUUUCAAAAAAUAAAUAGAACUAUAUCUUCAAGAAAUUUACCUAAAACUAUAAAGACAAAGAAUACCAAAAUACCCAUGACAAAUAAUAGCCCCUCUUAUCAAAAUUUUGGCGUAUCAGUAAAAAUUAAAAAAAAUGAAUCUCUAACUUCCCAGACUAGUGAUCAAAAUAAUAUGCUCAACAAAGACAAGUUAUCCCUUUUAUUGCAUUCAAAUAAUAAAGAGCAGAAUAUUCAGGAAUGCAUUAUGGAUUAUGUAGACUAUAGUUUUAACGACCCAUUUUAUAGCAACCCCGCCAGGAUGUACUGCAGCAUCAGUCCAAUUGACACAACCGUUUCGUUUAUCAAAACGUCUCCAAUUUUGUGA